GCCUAUAAGAGCGGUGCGGCACUGCAGCUAGCGCAGUUCUCACCGAGACCCGUCACCCGGACUCUACGUGAGACCCACGGCCCGGACUCACCAUGCGUGAAUGCAUCUCAGUUCAUGUGGGGCAGGCAGGUGUCCAGAUGGGCAAUGCCUGUUGGGAGCUCUACUGUCUGGAACAUGGGAUUCAGCCCGAUGGGCAGAUGCCCAGUGAUAAGACCAUCGGCGGAGGGGACGACUCCUUCACCACCUUCUUCUGUGAGACCGGUGCUGGAAAGCAUGUGCCACGGGCAGUGUUUGUGGAUCUGGAGCCCACUGUGAUUGAUGAGAUCCGAAAUGGCCCAUACCGGCAGCUCUUCCACCCAGAGCAGCUCAUCACUGGGAAGGAGGAUGCCGCUAACAACUAUGCCCGUGGUCACUACACCAUUGGCAAGGAGAUCAUUGAUCCGGUACUGGACAGGAUCNNNGCCUCCCUGCGCUUCGACGGGGCCCUCAACGUGGACCUGACGGAGUUCCAGACCAACCUGGUGCCCUACCCCCGCAUCCACUUCCCCCUGGCCACCUACGCGCCCGUCAUCUCUGCGGAGAAGGCCUACCACGAGCAGCUGUCGGUGGCCGAGAUCACCAACGCCUGCUUCGAGCCCGCCAACCAGAUGGUGAAGUGCGACCCCCGCCACGGCAAGUACAUGGCCUGCUGCCUGCUGUACCGCGGAGACGUGGUGCCCAAGGACGUCAACGCCGCCAUCGCUGCCAUCAAGACCAAGCGCAGCAUUCAGUUCGUGGACUGGUGCCCCACGGGCUUCAAGGUUGGUAUCAACUACCAGCCGCCCACCGUGGUGCCCGGGGGUGACCUGGCCAAGGUGCAGCGUGCCGUGUGCAUGCUGAGCAACACGACCGCCAUCGCCGAGGCCUGGGCCCGCCUGGACCACAAGUUUGACCUGAUGUAUGCCAAGAGGGCCUUUGUGCACUGGUACGUGGGCGAGGGCAUGGAGGAGGGGGAGUUCUCCGAGGCCCGGGAGGAUAUGGCUGCCCUGGAGAAGGAUUACGAGGAGGUGGGCAUGGAUAGUGUGGAGGGGGAGGGAGAAGAAGAGGGGGAUGAAUACUAGGGGAACCCCGUGUGUCUGUCCUCAAUAAAGUACUGUGGCCUUCCUGU